GCUGCGGCACAGUUGAUGUCGGCUCUUUGGCUCGAACGGUUGUCGCGGUCUUCGCUCUUCGCUCUUUGCCCACGGCACAGAUUUAAGGUUUCCUCCCAGAAAGAAAGAAAGUGAGUGAGUGAGAGUGGAGCUGUCUGAAAUAUGCAAAUACCAAUAGACGCGCUGAUAAGAUAAAAGGUGGGGGCGAGUGAUAAGCGUGGAUUAGUGUGUGGAUGCUGCACUGCACCACAGUGAAAAGCCCAAAUACAAGUUGUGAGCGAGCAUUGAACUCGCCGAGUGAACUCAAUUGAGUGCGGUAGCAAUGCCAGCAGAGGAGCACGACGGCCUGUGCCUGGAGUGGAAGCAGCUCAACUACUAUGUGCCCGCGCAGGAGCAGAGCAACUACAGUUUCUGGAACGAGUGCCGCAAGCGGCAGGAGCUGCGCAUACUCCAUGACGUCAGCGGUCACCUGAAAACGGGCGACCUCAUCGCCAUUCUGGGCGGCUCGGGGGCGGGCAAAACCACAUUGCUGGCAGCGAUUUCGCAACGGCUGCGUGGUAACCUAACCGGAGAUGUGGUUUUGAACGGCAUGGCCAUGGAGCGGCAUCAGAUGACACGCAUCUCCAGUUUUCUGCCACAGUUUGAGAUCAAUGUCAAAACCUUUACGGCCUACGAGCAUCUCUACUUCAUGUCCCAUUUCAAGAUGCAUCGCCGCACGACCAAGGCGGAGAAGCGCCAGCGUGUCUCGGAUCUGCUGCUGGCCGUGGGCCUGAGGGAUUCGGCACACACGCGCAUCCAGCAGCUGUCGGGGGGCGAGCGCAAGCGCUUGAGCCUGGCCGAGGAGCUCAUCACAGAUCCCAUCUUUCUGUUCUGCGACGAGCCAACCACCGGCCUGGACAGCUUCAGUGCCUACUCAGUGAUCAAGACGCUGCGCCAUCUGUGCACCAGGCGGCGCAUAGCGAAGCACUCGCUCACCCAGGUCUACGGCGAGGACUCGUUCUCCACGCCCAGCGAGGAGAGCACCAGCAGCAACUCCAUCGAAAUGGAAAUCGUGGACAAGUCGCACGAGAGCCUGCUCCAGGCCAUGAAGGAGCUGCCCACGCUCGGCGUGCUCAACAACAGCCCCAACGGCACGCACAAGAAGGCCGCCAUCUGCUCCAUCCACCAGCCCACGUCCGACAUCUUCGAGCUCUUCACGCACAUCAUCCUCAUGGACGGGGGUCGCAUCAUCUACCAGGGACGCACCGAGAAGGCGGCCAAGUUCUUCACAGACAUGGGCUUCACGCAGCCGCUGAACUGCAAUCCCGCCGACUUCUACCUGAAGACCCUCGCCGACAGCCAGGGCACCGGGAAUGCGGGCGAGCUGCUGCGCGCCAAGUACGAGCAUGAGACGGACGGACUGUACAGCGGCAGCUGGUUGCUGGCGCGCAGCUACAGCGGGGACUAUCUGAAGCACUUGCAGAACUUCAAGAAGAUACGCUGGAUAUAUCAGGUGUACCUGCUGAUCAUACGCUUCAUGACCGAGGAUCUGCGGAACAUCAAGAGCGGGCUGAUUGGAUUCGGGUUCUUCAUGAUUACGGCGGUGACGCUCUCGCUGAUGUACUCCGGCGUGGGCGGCCUGACGCAGCGCACGGUGCAGGAUGUGGGCGGCUCCAUCUUCAUGCUGAGCAAUGAGAUGAUCUUCACCUUCAGCUACGGCGUCACGUACAUCUUUCCCGCCGCACUGCCCAUCAUCAGGCGCGAGGUGGGCGAGGGCACCUACAGCCUGUCCGCCUACUAUGUGGCCCUGGUGCUCUCCUUUGUGCCGGUGGCCUUCUUCAAGGGCUACGUCUUCCUGUCCGUGAUCUAUGCAUCCAUCUACUACACGCGCGGCUUUCUGCUCUACGUGACAAUGGGCUUCCUCAUGAGUCUCUCGGCCAUUGCGGCCGUCGGCUACGGCAUCUUCCUUUCCAGCCUGUUUGAGACGGACAAAAUGGCAUCGGAGUGCGCGGCGCCCUUUGACCUAAUCUUUCUCAUCUUUGGCGGCACCUACAUGAACGUGGACUCCGUGCCGCUGCUCAAGUACUUCUCGCUCUUCUUCUACUCCAACGAGGCGCUGAUGUACAACUUCUGGAUCGACAUUGACAACAUAGAUUGCCCAGUUAAUGAGGAGCAUCCGUGCAUUAAGACCGGCCUCGAGGUGCUGCAGCAGGCGUCCUUCCGCACCGCCGACUACACCUACUGGAUGGACUGCGCCAGCCUCCUGCUCGUCGCCCUCGCCUUCCACAUCGUCUCCUUCAUGCUGGUGCGACGCUACAUCAAUCGCAGCGGUUACUAUUGAGUUUAGCUUUUAU